AUGGAGGAUCAACUUAAUGUAACAUAUAUAACUUUUGGUGGGCAUGUGGAAGUGCACAAAUACAGAUAUCUUUAUUUUGUGAUCAUGUUUACAGCAUAUAUUCUAAUAAUCCUCUUUAAUUUCACAAUUGUGUUCCUUAUCCGGAAACACAAAAACCUCCAUGAGCCUAUGUAUAUUUUCAUUGCGGCUUUGCUACUUAACUCAGUUGUUUUCAGCACUGCUAUGUACCCAAAGUUGUUAAUUGACUAUUUAUCUGAAAAACAGAUCAUAACAUAUUCAGCCUGUCUCUUUCAAUUUUUUCUAUGCUACACCUUGUGUGGUACAGAAUUCUUACUGUUGUCAGCCAUGUCUUAUGACAGGUAUGUUUCUAUUUGUAAACCUCUGCAAUAUCCAACUAUCAUGACAAAAAGUACUGUUAGUAUUUUCCUGGUUUUAGCUUGGCUUCUGCCUGCUUGUCAGACUGCAGUCCCAACAAUCCUGAGUGCUGAGACGCAACUCUGUAAUUUUAUUUUAAAAGGAAUUUUUUGUAACAAUGCAAUUUACAGUCUCCACUGUUCAAGUUCAAAAGCACGGACUAUAUAUGGCUUGGUUGCUCUGCUAAACUUUGCGCUUUUCCCUGUGCUAUUUAUACUUUUUACAUACACCAGGAUACUUAUAAUAUCAUAUAAAAGUUGUAGAGAAGUCAGGACAAAGGCUGCACAGACCUUGUGA